AAAGUGCUGGUUGAGAACAGUGCAUGUGUGCGUGUGUUUGGGUGUGUGCAAGUUUGCGUUUAUGUGUGUGUACGUGUGCAAGAAACGCACCCCGGGGAGAAGAAGGUGCAGACAACUGAACAGCCGAGAGAGAGCAUAGAAGGACCGAGUUUUUAGGGAGGGAAGCAGUUCGUGUGGAGAUCCAGACGAGGACACUUGAAGCGCGCCGAGUGCUGCUCCGCCGUGCGUCCCGGACACUUGAGCUGCGUGCUGCCCUUUGAUUACCGGUGCUGGUAAGACCAGAGGGUGUCACACUGAAGGAACACCAUGGCCUUAGCGGGGUGCGCUGACUACUUCUUGCGUCCCUCAAACUACCAGGAGAGCAUGGACCGCACUUCCUCUCGCAGACCUGAGGAGCUGAUUGUUCCUGGCUUUCAGCGCUCAGCCAAUCAAAAUGUGCCACAUCACCAUGAUGACGAUGUGGACCUGGAGCAGCUAGUGAAUGACAUGAACUCCUCCAUGGAGAGUGUGUACUCUACACAGGCAGACACGGCGCUAAUCCUCAACAAUGGCCAUGUGCACGCUCCACACCAAAACCACCACAUGCACCAUGCCUACGUGGGACACGGCCAGGCCCACCGUCGUCACACCCCGCCCUUGCCCCCUUCCUCCCCCUCCAGGGAGAAGCUGCGGCACUCUCAGCCCAUGCACAUCCAGACCGUCAGGUGCCUGCAGGAAGAGCAUCGGCUACGUCCAGCCUCCCUGCCUGCCAUCCCCAACCCUUUCCCUGAGCUCUGCAGCCCAGCAGGCUCCCCCGUGCUCAGCCCCAUACAGACCUCUGACAACCAUAUAGUGAAGGUGUGGAGUGAGGAUGGGGCCGGUAAAGUGGUGGAGAUCCCAGCCGACAUGACGGCCAGAGAUGUGUGUCAGCUCCUGGUCUACAAGAGCCACUGUCUGGACGACAACGCCUGGAGUCUGGUGGAGCACCAUCCCGUCCUCGGCCUCGAAAGGUGUCUGGAGGACCACGAGCUGGUGGUUCAGGUUCAAGUCUCCAUGAGCAGCGACAGUAAAUUCCUCUUCAGAAAGAACUAUGCCAAAUAUGAAUUCUUCAGGAGCCCCCUGAACUUUUUUCCGGAGCAGAUGGUGGCUUGGUGUCAGGAGUCUGAUGGCUCAAUCUCUCAGUCACAGCUCUUACAGAAUUUUCUGAACUCCAGCAGUUGUCCAGAGAUCCAGGGCUAUCUGUACGUGAAGGAGCCUGGGCGCAGGUCCUGGAAGAAACUCUACAUGUUCCUGCGGCGCUCCGGCCUCUACUACUCCACUAAAGGAACAUCCAAGGAGCCCCGACACCUGCAGCUGCUGUCAGAUCUGGAGGACAGUAACAUCUUCACCAUCAUCACGGGACGAAAGCUCCACAACGCUCCCACAGAAUACCAGUUCUGCAUCAAGCCCAGCAAAGUGAGGAGCGACUGUAAGGAGCUUAAGAUGCUGUGUGCUGAGGACGAACAGAGCAGGACCUGCUGGAUGACUGCCUUCAGACUGCUCAAAUACGGACUAGUACUGUAUCAGAGCUACAACGUUCCCCAGCAGAGAAAGUCUAACCUCUCCCCUUUCUCAGCGCCUGUGCGGAGUGUAUCUGAGAAUUCCCUCGUCGCCAUGGACUUCUCCGGGCGGACUGGUCGCGUCAUUGACAACCCCGUGGAGGCCCAGAGCGCUGCCCUGGAGGAGGGACAGACCUGGAGGAAACGGAGCCAGCGCAUGAAUGUCCUGGGCAGUCCCAGCCCCUUGCACCCGUCUUCUCUGAGCACAGUGAUCCACAGGACACAGGUUUGGUUUCACGGUCGCAUCAUGAGAGAGGAAGCCCACAAAAUGAUCAUUCAACAAGGCCAAGUAGACGGGUUAUUCCUGUUGCGGGACAGUCAGAGUAAUCCCAAGGCAUUCGUGCUUACCUUGUGCCACCACCAGAAGAUCAAGCACUUCCAGAUCCUACCGUGUGAGGAGGACGGUCAGGUGUUCUUCAGCCUCGACGACGGCGCCACCAAGUUCACAGAUUUGAUCCACCUGGUGGAGUUCUACCAGCUCAACAGAGGGGUGCUCCCCAGCAAGCUGAAACACCCCUGCACCGCGGUGGCCUUGUGACACUCCCGACCCCCAAUACCUCCACCCCCGUUUUUUGCACACCUCUCACCCUGAGAUCCCACCCCCAUCUGCCCCUCCCUCGCCAACACAAUGAGGUUGAGGAGAAAAAGUAAGUUUUUGGGAUGUGUACAACUCGGCCAUCAUUGGAGGUUUAAUUUCCCCAAUAUGCCGGGACUUGUCUCCGCCUUACCGCUGUUUGGAUGCCUGAAUGGGACCCGUUCGGACAGCUAAAGCAUCGGAGAUUGGGGACCUAACAGUCGACCAACUCCUGCGAUGUUGUCAUGGAGACCGGAUUGUUUUGUCAUUGCCGUUUUUGACCCUGAAAAGAGUCCAUAAAGUUGUGAAAACACAAAACAGCUAAGGUCUGUUCAGCAGGAGUGGAUCCCACCCUCAGAGUCCCUCUCCCUUCAUCCCCCUUAACCUCCCUCAUCCUCCAGGCCUGAUAAGCUGUGGUGCCUGCCCCACCCUCGCCCCUUCGCUACAGAGGUGGGCGGGGAGCGCCACCCUCUGACUUCCUCAUCGAUCAUCAGGGAUGGACGGGAACCUCUCUGGGUCUUAUCAAACUUGAUCCAGGAGUUUUCUCAACCUGUGCAGUCCAGUCUGGAUAAGCUGACACCCUGCCCCCCCUCCAACCCAACACCCGAGCGGACUAAAUGUGGCCUCUCUGCUGUGUCCUGUCCCCCAACCCCUUUUGGUGCAACCCCGAUCCCGCCUCUCCUUCUCCACAGAAGCUCAGAGAAACGUCGGGAGAGAAGUAGCUAAAGGCAAGAUAAGCGGAGCAGUGGCGAGGGUUUGCUGAAAGGACAGUGGAAUGUUUAUCAGGAAGGCUGUAACAAGCCUCUCUUGUAGAGUUGAUUACUUGAUGUCAUUUUAAUGCUUUUUUUAUUACUGUUGAUUCAAUGCAGAACUAGUUUUGCACUCCCGGGCGGACAGACUACAGUUGUUUUCUCUGGCUAAAUGAAGCUGCCUGCUCUCAAUUUCCCCCCUCCAACCCCAACCCCACCUCACCCCUGCCCCUCCCCUUCUGAAAAGCAUGCAUGUGAAUUUCCACCGGUUCUGAUUGGAUUACAGUGGCAUGGGAACAAAGACAGCUAGGGCUGAUUAUGCAGUGCCUUUCAGGUAGGUUUGGGGACAUGACCAAUGUGUGGCUUGAACCAACAUGACUGUGCUGUGGUAAAAUGAGUAAAAGAAUGUGCUUCUCAAGACAAAGAGGAAGAGGAGGAAGACUGUUAAAUAGACUCCUGAAAAGUGUGUCCACCCCCAAGCUUCAGCCAUUUAAAAAAAAAAAAAAAAAAUUGAAAUGGUUAAAUCUGUCGGUGAAUUUGUCUUUGAAUGUCAUAUUCAUUUUCUAAGUCUGUUCCUAGCUCACUGCUUGCACAUUUUAAUUAUUGAUUUGAUAUUGAUGGGUUGGAGCUGUCAUGUUCGGAUUCUGACCACUGUUCUCUCACUCCAGAAAAGCAACAAAAGCACUCCAUAACUUUGUUUUGUUUUGUUUGUUUUAAUACGGAAUUGAUCAAAUGACUUGAAAUGUGAACUUGAUUGUGCGUCAACACACAGUGGAACGAGAGCCUUGUGUAUAAAAUCAAAGCUAUAUUAUAAUGCACAUACAGUACCAUAUGUCAGAUUUCACGAGGAUGGAGUAACAUAAAGAGUCUUGAAGAUUAUGAUAAAUGGAUAGUUUAACGCUUCCUUUUCACUUUCUUGCUGAGAGUUAGAAGGGAAGAUAGAUACCACUCUCAUAUCUGGACGCUGAAUAUGAAGUUACAGCCAGCAGCUGCUUAGCUUAGCAUAAAGACUGGAAACAAUGGGUAACAAAAUCUACCUACAAGCUACUCUUAAGGUCACAUUUUAACCAUGUAAUAUCUUGUUGAAAAUGUCUAGUUUUACCAGUGACUAACUAAGCUAAAAAGCUGUUAGCUGUACAGUUGCUUCAUAUUUACAAUGCAGACCACAAAGGAAAUAAGUCUUUGACUUUAUUGUGUUACAGUAUCCUUGCCAUUUUUGAUAUGUGUAUGACAUAUUUGAAUGAACUAAACUUAACUAAAGACAUGACAGUGGUAUCAAUCUACCGAAAUGUCAAACAUAUUUCUCAAAAGUAAAAAUCCAUUUGAGCACGAUUCAGAAAUCAGGUCCUGGGGAUGCAACCUCCCAUUUUCUGGGCCUAUUUCCUUGUUGAGUGCUGUACUAAAAUGUAACGUCACUUCCAGAUAUUUCCAGCCGCUGCAUGGGGGUUUCUAGCAUCAGUGGUGGACAUCAGGUUAUGGUGUCAGUCCUUCCCAAUCAAUGAACAGCCACAAAUGUCUUGAACAAUCAUACGAGGAUCCUUUAAUGAUAAUAGAGGUUGAGGAAGCCAUUUCCACACCAGCAGUAGUGUCAGUAGACCAGAAUUCCUUGUAGCCAUCAGGCGUGUUGUCAGUAAGGGACAAAAAAUGUCACCGUUUUUGGCCUCUUAAAUGUGAGCAUUUACUGCUUUUCCUUGUCUUACAUUAUAGUAAACUGAAUGUCUUUGGGUUUUGGACUGUUGGUCGGACAAAAAAGCAAUUUGAAGGCAUCCCCUUUUUUAUAGAUUUUACAGAUCAAAUAAUUCAUUAAGAAAAUCGACAAAAAUAUAUAGAACAUAAUAUGGCUAGCUAGCUCAAUUUCUGGGGCUAUAGUCCAAUAUUAAUGGAAAACAGCAUGGCUAUUUCUGGUGGUUGCAUUCUGAGAGAUUAAGUGAAAAGGAGAAAGGUACACUAGGCAAAGUUAGUCCAUUAACAAAAGUUAAGAUCUCAUUUAAAGCCAUUAUGUGUAGCAUCUGAAAAUGUCCAACUUUGACACCCCCUGGUGGUAACAUUGAAUUAAACCGUUAUUUCCACCUGCUAUAUUAACAUAAAAAUGCCACACAUAGUGGUUUUAAAAUGUCAUCUGAGUGGAUUUUCUCUGGCCUGUGGCCAUCCAAAAGACAAGAAAGAGCAAGGGAAGUAUAGGAACAGGAGAGGAGGCUAGAGAAGUCCUUUGGUCUUUCCCUGCCCUCCACCUCAUGCUGUGUGACCAGCGAAUGAAAAUCCUGCAGGCAUGUGACAUAACACCUGCUUAGCCUAACCUGCACCUCCUCUCCAUCCUGUACCAGACUCGCAACGAACAGGGUUAGCACGAGGCCACCAGACUCCCUGCCAAGCUAACUAAACUCUCUCCAAGUACUGUUGCUCACUCACAAGCCUCUUCCACCACCGGUUGACCAAUCACGUGACUUGACUGACUCACCAGCUCGGCGCUCCACCAAUCAGGCCUUUUCUAGUGAGCCAGAGCAGACUCUCUCCAGGGAUUGGAUAAUGCUUGAACCCCCCUGCCCCCCUUUCCCACCUGUGUCCAGCCUGUAAGCUGUGUGAGUGUGUGUGUGUGUCUGAGUGAGUGUCUGAGUGAGUGAGUGUGUGUGUGGCCAGACUGUUAUAUUCACUAUUCAGGAUUGCUAAGUCUGCUGCUUAUCAUAACUUGCCUUUUAGAGAAAGU